CGCGGAGUUAAGGUGCAAGCGGCACAUGGAGUCGGACGAAGGCGACGACCUCGUUGCGCUGCUCAACUCGGGAUGGGAGCAGCCUCUUGGUAGACCGGAACGCGAACCCACCCAACUUCGCACGAGAGACCCGUUCUUGCUGGGCAUCUUGCGGGAAGACGAGGCGAAUGCUGGCACACCCCACCUUCACAGUUUGACGACGCGCCGACCAUGGAUUUGUGUGGAUGCCGCCGACGAAGUUACUCCGCCGAUGACGAAGUCCAAUCGGAAAAACAGGAAGGGCUUUGACACUCCAGAUGUACCACGAGGACCUCGUGCUUUGUCCAGUUCCAUCACGCCAUCUUCGCAUCACCUUGACGAAGUAGACGCUUUGCGGCGACAAUUGAAAGACACUACUGAUGAACUCAAGAUUUGGAAACAGCACUGCGCCACCACGUGCCACGUCCGAGCUCCUCGGACAAACCGGUCGGCGUCCUCCUCACACAAUACCUCUGUCUCCGCUCGUCAAGACAAGCGAGCGGUGUCUGAACUUCAAGAGGCCCUCGGACACCUCCAAACCCGGCACGCACGUCUUCGAACGAGCCACGCGCAGCUUCGACAGCGGUGCAAAGAGCUGGAAACAUUGACAGCAUCUCAAACCGCAGCAAGCGCCAUCCAAGAGCAAACGAUUGCGUACUUGCAGGAAAAGUUGCAGGCGCAAACUAGCCACGGUUUGAGUAGAUCGAAAGGCACUUCGAGCCCCCAGGUAGACUGCACAGGGGCGGUGCACUGCCAAGUCGACUCAAAUCCGCCCGCUCGCGCACAAGAUCUGCGGUCCAAAGCACGCGGGUUUGGCCAUGCCACUUCAACUUUGAAGCCAGCGCUUCAUUGGACAAAACAGUCUGAUUUUUCACCAAUCCCAAGCCUCCAUUCCAAACCCAUUGCUCCACCAAUCACAGAGAAGCUGAGGCAGUUGUACCAAAAGCGGAAGAACGCCGCUGCCUCCUUGUCGUCGCCUUCAGCAUGAUCGCCCGCAGCGUCCGAGAAGCCGCUACGCACAUGGGAGCUGUGCGUAGCCUAGUCCUUCAAAAGUCCGAAGACCUCUUGUGUCGAAACCUCAUGUGCGAACGUGUCGGCGAGGCAUGCAUCUGUCGCUUCAGCAUCGUUCUGGAGAAGCUGCCGCAGUUGCAAACCCUCAACGUGAGCAACAACCGGUUGCAUGCGCUGCCACCAUCUCUGUUCUCGGAACUUCCGCAACUGGAAGAGCUGGACCUGUCGCACAAUCACCUUGUCGACUCGGCUCUCGAUGGCCUUGAAAAGCUGCUGUUGAUUCGUCUCCUCGACCUCUCCCACAAUAACCUGUCAAGUGUGCCGCCCGUGCUGGCGCAGCUACCACAUCUUGAACACGUUGACCUUCGCGGCAAUCUACACCUUGACAUACGUUCCCUUCCAACCCUUCCGCCCCACGUCACAAUUCUCCACGAGUCCAUCACCUAGGCCAAAGGAGCUGUAUGAACUCUUACAAAUAACUUAGAGUAUUUGCGGCAACACGUGGACAUUCUGCGAGGA